AUGCUGUCCAAAAGCACACCCGUCCCGCCGAUCGUCUAUAGGCCUGGCCACUUUGCGGGUGACGGUUGCAUCCAGCGUGCUCACCCUACUAUUUUCCACUACAACGAUCCCGUUCUCGGACACGUUCGCGAGCCCGCCGUAGCCGUCAAUUUUUAUCUCAAGCAUGAUCUGGACUUCCGCGAGAAAUUAUACUCACUCGAGUAUGCUCCCGGGCCUGGCUAUCAGUUUUUCGCCACCCUCUUCAACAAUUGUGUUGAUAACUUCAAAUUUGCGGACUGGGACUACAGUUACAAGAGGAACGAAAAUGACCCUAACGACAAAUCACCCAUCCUCUACCUCGACAAACCUUCGCCUCCACCGGAAUUGUUUGGUGUCGAGUUACAUCAAUGCGUCGAGGGUGAGAUUCUCUUACCUGGCCAUGUUUCGGUCCCUCGCACCGAGUACGAGCAACUCUCUCGUCUCGCUAGCCUGGAUGCCCUUCGUGUCAACAAGUUCAGGAACAGGGCCUUUAGGGAACGUGCCGAAAGGAAGGCUUACAAGCAGGCCACCCAGUUUGGUGUAGGAGGCUUCGGUUAUGUUGACCCUGUUGCUAAGGCCAAGUUGGAGAAAGCUAAGGGCCGCGAAGAGCUUCUCCACGGUGUGGGUCAAUCAUCUUCCUCCGCCAUUUACCGUUGCCGAGCAGGCUCAGGUCACUUUUGCAAAUGCAAAUGCAAAAUGCAAAUGCAUUUGCACCUUUGCAUUUGCACACGCCCAGCUCGCUUCCACCCUUACGCAAAUCUCUAG